AUGGCUCUCUUAUUUGUUAUUGCACUAGCGCUUGUAGCCACAAGUCACGCUGGUCCAGAGAGCAUCGUAGCAACUGGUAACUCUCCGAGUUACGUAUGCAAAAGCAAGAAUAGUUAUUAUAAUGUGGAAGGAAGCUGCGAUUCUUACAUACGGUGCAGCGACUACGUAGCAGUUUACCAGUUAUGCCCCGAUGGUCUGCACUUCAAUCCGGACGUCAGGUACCCGAACUACCCUUGUGGAUACCCGGCGGAUGUACCCUGCUUAAGACGCGGUGCAGUUCAACCAGCACAACCCACCGAGGAAUGCCCUCACCAAUACGGCUACUUCCCAUCACCUUCUGCUACACCUGACAACUGCGGGCACUUCCGCAUUUGCAUUGAGGGCCGCGCCGUGGACUUGGACUGCCCCACAGGCCUCGCCUUUAAUCCUGACACCAGUCGUUGUGAUUGGCCCUCUCUUGUUCCUUCUUGCAAGGCUAGUGCCUACCUUGGAUUCUCCUGUCCCGCUGUUGAUGAUAAUGAUGACAGAGUCGAAAAUUUCAAAUACCCCGGCAACUGCUUCUACUUCUUCUCCUGCCAGCACGGCAACGUACGUCUAUUGUCAUGUGACGACGGCGCGGCGUUCGAUUCCGCCUCAGGACGCUGCGUUGACGAAGAAUUAGUUAACUGUACCCAGUAUUGA